CAAUAUUCUAUUUUUGGCGCUUGAAUCUAAAUAUGAUGAAAUUAUUGAAUUAGGAGUAUGGGCAUUAGCUAAUAUUGCUGGAGAUAAUAUUCAGUUUAGAGAUAUGCUACUUUAGAAAGGAAUAGUAUUUUACAUAAAAAAGAUAUGGAAUUAGUAUAGAACAUUAAAAUUUGAACUCUUCAAAACUAUAGUUUGGGCAUUAAGCAAUUUGGCUAAAGGAAAACCAACAUCUAAAUUCGUAAAUUAUUUAUUUAUGGUAAUAGUGCACUCCUGGUUUAAUAUCGAUUCUAUCUGAAAUUAUAAUUAGUACUGAUAAUGAAGAGUAAUUAAUAGAAGUUAUUUGGGGUUUGAGUUAUUUAACUCAAGAUAUAUAUGAAAUUCAUAUGUAAAUAGACAUGAAAGUUAUUUAAAAAUUAACAUUAUUACUAAAUUCGACAAAACAUACUUUAAUAAUUCCAGCACUUAGGACUAUAGGUAAUAUUUUAGCUGGUAAUGAUGAGUAAACAAAUCAAGUUUUAUAAACCGGAGUCUUGUAAUCUUUUGAGAAAUUGCUUUAGCAUAAAAAAAAAUCAGUACGAAGAGAUGUAAAUAUUAUUCACAGUUUAAGGUUAUUUGGUCUUUGUCUAAUAUUGUAGCUGGUACUAUAUCUUAAAUAAAAUUAAUCAUAAGAAAUGAUUCACUUCUUAAACCUUUAUUUAAAUAAGCUAAAAAAAAUAAUUUAGAAAUUACAAAAUAAAUAGCUUUUUUUAUAUCUAAUUCUGCUAUUUAUGCAGAAUUAACAGAUUUAGAAUAUCUUAUUGCUAAUUAUGGAUUUAUUUAAGAACUCUCAAUGUUAUUAGAUAAAAAGGAUGAAAAUAUUAUUCAAGUAACUUUAGAAGGGAUUUACAAGUUAAUUUCAAAAAGUAAAAAUUUCUAUAUCAAUAGUUUAAAUGGAGGGAGAAUUUUCAGUGUAUAAAUAAAUAAUUGAAGACUAAAAAAUAAUUAAAAAAGUAGUUUAAUUGUAAGGCCAUCCUUCUGAAAUCAUUCAUGAAAAUGCUUACAGAAUUUUGGAUCAUCUAGUUCCUUAAGAUUCAUAAUGA